ACCAACACGCCUACCAUGUACACCCCUGACUCAAUUUACAAAUGUUAUGGAGGGGCCUCCCUCGAGUCGAGUGAGAACCACUCUGCUGUGCAAAUCAAGGGAUUCCACUGAUUUUCUUUGGUGAGUUAAAACAUUUUGCUAAAUCCUCUUCUGCCAUGAAGAUUUUGCUGAAAUUACGAACGCACAAAGCUUUAUGGAUUCCCAAAUCAUAUUGUAGACCUUUCCAUAAAGACCACAAGCUGCUUGCCUCAGAGAUAUUUUCACAUUAUGAACCUAGCAAGAGACAUGAACAGGAAGCACCGGAAUACUUUAAUUUUGCAAGUGAUGUGCUGGACAAAUGGUCUCAGAUGGAAAAGGAUGGAAAGAGACCAGUUUCAAACCCAGCUUUCUGGUGGAUAAAUGGAAGAGGGGGCGAAGAGAGGUGGAGCUUUGAGGAGCUGGGAUUCCGAUCCAGGAAAGUGGCCAAUAUGCUCAUGGAAGUGUGUGGUCUGCAAAAGGGAGACAGACUUAUAGUGAUUUUGCCCCGGAUACCAGAAUGGUGGCUGGUAAAUGUGGCUUGUAUACGAACAGGAAUCGUCCUUAUACCAGGGACAUCCCAAUUAACAGCCAGAGACAUUUUAUAUAGACUGCAGGCAUCUAAAGCCAAGUGCAUCAUUACCAGUGACAAAGUGGCACCUGCAGUGGACUCUGUGGCACCCGAGUGCCAGUUUCUGAAAACUAAGUUAAUAGUAUCAGAAGGCAGCAGGAAUGGAUGGGUGAACUUCAAUGAAUUGUACAAGACACAACCUGCUGACCACAUCUGUGUUAAGACAAAGAUGCAAGAUCCAAUGAUGAUCUUCUUCACCAGUGGAACCACAGGUUCUCCAAAGAUGACCGAACAUACCCAGGGCAGUCUUGGUUUCAGACCUGUUAUCAGUGAAAGAUACUGGCUGGAUACAACUCCAUCAGACCUAAUAUGGUGCACAGCAGAUACAGGUUGGAUAGUGGCUACACUGGGGUCUGUUCUUGAUCCAUGGGCAUUGGGAUCAUGUGUCUUUGCACACAGUCUCCCACAGAUUGAACCAACAACUAUCCUAAAUACUAUCUCCAGAUUUCCCAUUACCACUUUCUUUGGUGCUCCAACUUUGUUCCGCAUGCUGGUGCAGCAUGAUCUUUCCAGUUACAAGUUCAUGAGUCUGACACACUGUCUGAGUGGAGGGGAGCCGCUCAACCCAGAAGUGAUGGAACAGUGGAAAAGCAAGACGGGUCUGAAUAUCCAUGAAAUAUACGGACAGACAGAAACAGGAGUAAUCUGUUCAGUUUCCAAAGGGAUGAAGAUUAAAGCUGGAUCAAUGGGAAAGGCAGCACCCCUUUUUGAUGUUCAGAUCAUAGAUGAAAAUGGUCUUAUUAUGCCUCCAGGACAAGAAGGAGAAAUUGCCAUCAGAAUCAAACCCACAAGGCCACUUGGUCUUUUCUCUAAAUAUAUAGACAACCCAGAGAAAACUGCUGCAACAGAACGUGGGAGUUUUUACAUCACCGGGGACAGAGGAACUAUGGAUAAAGAUGGAUAUUUUUGGUUUAUUGGAAGAAAGGAUGAUGUCAUCAUUUCUUCAGGGUAUCGGAUUGGACCAUUCGAAGUUGAAAGUGCACUAAUAGAGCACCCAGCAGUGGCAGAAUCAGCUGUUGUCAGCAGCCCAGAUCCCCUCAGAGGAGAGGUAGUGAAAGCUUUUGUGGUCUUGUCACCAGCAUUUACAUCAUGUGAUCUGGAAAGCUUAACCUUUGAGUUGCAGGAGCAUGUCAAGAAAGUAACUGCUCCAUACAAAUAUCCCAGAAAGAUGGAAUUUGUCAAACAGCUGCCAAAGACAAUCACUGGGAAAAUCAAGAGGAAUGAAUUAAGAAAUAAUGAGUGGAGACAGAUGUAAUGUUGGUGUGGAGUGUAAUGCAGCCUCUCUCAUUCAAUUGACACCAGCAAGCCUCUCUGUUACAAUUUCUGUUUUUUUAAUAAGUUUUUCUGAUGUUAUGAGCAUUGAAGAUUACAGAACCCAAAUGCAAGGUUCAGGCCUGGUUGCUUAAGGGUAUCUCAUUCUGUGGUUUUAUUACUCUGAAGCCCUAUAAGGAGAGGAAACAGUUGCAAAGUUCUGUUCCAGAGCCAGCCUUCCCACAGUUUAUCUGGCUCAAAUCCAGGAUUUGGCUUUGCCUAUUUUGAUUCUGGACAGUAGAGACUGAUAGAGAAAUCAUUGUUAAUAUUUGCUGCCUGCUUGCAGGUUGCAGAAAAGGAGAUGUACUUUAGAAGACAACAUAUUUUAUCUUAUCCAAGUUAUAAACUGACAUUACAGUGGA